GCACACCGAGGGAUUGAGGCCAAGGAGAGAUAUCUUGAAGAGAGAGAAGUCGUAGUUCGGGUCCGGAGGAAGGAAGGAAUAGAAUCUCCGGGUUCAAUAUCUUCCCGUUGUCGGCGACUGAGGUUUUACCCUUUGGCUCUGAGGUUAGGUGGAUUUUUAUUUUCUGAGAUAUGGAACAAGUUUGCUUCUUGCCAAACUGCUACCAGUGUCGGGUUUUCUUGGUCCAAGAAGUGCUCGAUUGGCGGUUUCUAUCUCGUGCGAAUUUCCUCAUGGCUUCUUUUGUCAACUGCACUUAGUGUUCAGACCCCUUUUCCGCGAUCUUUAGGGAAGGCGUCAUGCAAGGCCUGAAGUCUGCGAAUUAUCCUUCCUUUGCAUAGCCCUAGCUAAACACUCAAAUCUGCCCCCUACAGACACGAUCUGUUAGUCCCUCUUCCAAAUCUGGUUCUAAUGGGUACUGGUUAAAGAAGGAUAAUGUCCCUUUCGUGUUUGUUCUGCUCUGUUCCGACAAGUAUGGAUGUGAUGGCCUUUUCCUCGAGUUUGUGAAACCCUGAGUGUCCUGUCGCGUGCAUAGGGUUCCUCCUGUUAGCCAGCACUUUCGUUCUUGUUGGUUCGUUCGUGUCUACCAGUUCUCAGUAUGUUUGGUCAUCUUUUCUUGCUGUCUCUCUCUUCCCUUGGUGUUCAUCCCAUGGAUUUGAAAGUGAAUAAGGGUCAGUCUACCCAGCUAGAGAGUCAUUGAUUUGCGGCUGAAUUAUCCUGUUCUUGCUACAAACGAGAACGACUGGAAGAUUUAUGUUAUAUAUAUAUCUUUCAGAAGCUAUAUUUCAUACAUAAAAUAAAGGAGAUACUUUGCGUAACGGGAAGGCAAUGGAGAGGUACAAGUUAAUCAAAGAGGUUGGUGAUGGUACUUUUGGGACUGUUUGGCGAGCUAUCAAUAAGGAGACGGAUGAAGUUGUUGCAAUAAAAAGGAUGAAAAAGAAGUAUUACUCGUGGGAAGAAUGUAUAAAUCUGAGAGAAGUGAAGUCACUUAGGAGAAUGAAUCAUCCGAACAUUGUGAAGCUGAAGGAAGUCAUCCGGGAAAAUGAUAUCCUAUACUUUGUUUUUGAGUACAUGGAGUGCAAUCUUUACCAGCUUCUGAAGGAUCGUCAAAAGCUAUUUGCUGAAGCUGAUAUAAAAAACUGGUGCUUUCAAGUCUUCCAGGGUCUGUCAUACAUGCAUCAGCGUGGAUACUUCCACCGUGACCUUAAGCCAGAAAACCUUCUUGUCUCUAAAGACGUCAUCAAGAUUGCUGAUUUGGGUCUAGCCCGGGAAGUUGAUUCAAGCCCGCCCUUUACAGAGUAUGUCUCUACACGCUGGUACAGGGCGCCUGAAGUAGUACUGCUGUCAUACGUGUACACCGAAAAAGUUGAUAUGUGGGCAAUGGGAGCUAUUAUGGCCGAGUUGUUCUCGCUGCGACCUCUCUUUCCUGGAGCUAAUGAAGCAGAUGAAAUCUACAAAAUAUGUAGUGUCAUUGGCAGCCCAACUGAGGAGACUUGGCUUGAGGGGCUUAAUCUUGCCAGAGCUAUCAAUUUCCAAUUUCCUCAGCUUCCUGGUGUUUCCCUUUCAAGCUUGAUACCGUCUGCAAGCAGAAAUGCAAUUAACCUUAUUGCGCGCCUUUGCUCAUGGGAUCCUUGCAAAAGGCCAACUGCUGCAGAAGCUCUGCAGCAUCCGUUCUUCCAGAGUUGUUUCUAUGUUCCCCCAUCUCUCCGUCUUAAACCGACCGCUGCAAGAACUCCUCCACCUGUUCUAGUUGGGCCGAUGAGGGGAUCAUUCGAGCAACAAUCCACGAGGAGGUUUCCCGUGGCUGUGGCCAAUCAUAAGCCAGUGGAUAGCUAUGUUACUCCAAAGGCGAAUAAUGGUCAAUAUUUUAACACUGGUGUCCAACGUAAGCUGGAUAUGGUUAAUCAGGAUGUGACGAAGAACAACAAACCUGUGAAGGGCACUGCCAAGGAUGCGAAAUAUAGACCACCUGGAAGGAAGAGUCCUCAAUCGUUGAACAAGAGCUGGAGCACGAGGGGCGUAACCGAGACGGCGGGGGGCCCGCCGAUGAAGGCAGGGUGGAUGGGGGCAGAGUCGAGGGACUUGUCCUUGAGGCCAUCUCAGCCCCAUUCCAAUCCCUACAUUCGCAAAGUCGCUGGUUGA